CGUCCCUCAUUGCUCAUUGUUAACCUCCUCUGUUUCUGUUUCCUGAUUCUAAUGGCUUCUUCUUCUUCUUCUUCCAAGCCCAGAAGGAGUUACGAUGUCUUCCUGAGUUUCAGAGGUCCGGACGUCCGCAAUCACUUUCUCGGUCAUCUCUACGCAGCUCUAGACCAGACGGGCAUACACGCUUACAUCGACGAUGAAGAGCUGAGGAAGGGAGAACAGAUAUCGCCCGCGCUUAUGAAGGCGAUCGAGGAAUCGCGGAUCGCCGUCGUGGUUUUCUCCGAGGACUACGCCUCUUCGCCAUGGUGUUUGGAAGAGGUGACCAAAAUCAUGGAGUGCAAGGAGCAAAGAGACCUCACGGUCUUUCCGGUGUUUUACAAGGUGGAGCCAAGAGAUGUGAGAGGGCAGAGACAGAGUUAUGGAGAAGCUAUGGCUAAGCAUGAGGUCAAGUUCGGGAAGGAUUCGGAGAAAGUAGCGAGAUGGAAGAAAGCUCUUUCUGAGGCAGGUAGCUUGGCUGGGUGGCAUUUUACUAAUGGAUAUGAAGCGGGGCUUAUACAACAUAUUGUACAAGAGAUCUCAACCCAACUAGAUCGAACGCCAUUAAAUGUAGCCAAGUAUCCGGUAGGGAUAGAUUCUCGAGUACAAGAGCUUAAAACAAUCUUAAAUAUACAGUCCCAGGAUGAUGUUCUUAUGGUAGGAUUAUGGGGACAAGGAGGUGUAGGGAAGACAACCCUUGCUAAAGCCAUUCAUAAUGCUAUUUUUAGAGAGUUUCAAGGUGCUAGUUUCUUGGAACGUGUUCGAGAAAAUUCCAAAAAUUCCACUGAUUUGGUUGCUUUGCAAGAAAAAUUGCUGUCACAGGUAUUACCAGGGAAGAAGUUAAUAGUCUACAGUGUUGGUGGAGGAAGUCGGUUAGUUCAAGAUAGACUUUGUAAUAAGAAAGUUCUCAUUAUUCUUGAUGAUGUUGAUGAUGCAUGCCAAUUAAAUGCUUUAGCCGGAGAUUGUGAGUGGUUUGGUAAUGGAAGUAGGAUUAUUAUCACAACAAGAGACAAGCAUUUGCUGACUUCUCAUGGGGUAGAUCGGAAUCAUAUGUAUGAAGUUAAAGCUCUUGAGGAUGGUGAAGCUCUCCAACUUUUUAGAAAGCAUGCUUUUCUAGGAAAUCAAGUAAUAGAAAUAAGCAGCACUCUUGUUGAUCAGGUUUUACACUAUGCGAGAGGCCUUCCUUUGGCUCUUGAGGUGUUGGGUGCUUUCUUGUGUGGUAGAGGAGAAACUGAAUGGAAAAGUACCUUGCAAAAACUUGCCAAAAGUCCUGACAAAAAGAUCAAUGAUGUGUUAAAGGUAAGUUAUGAUGGAUUGGAAGACUAUGCAAAAGAGAUUUUUCUAGACAUUGCCUGUUUCUUCAAGGGGAGGAGUAGAGAGUAUAUUAAGAAAGUUCUUGAUAGUUGUGAUUUUGAGACGACUAUUGGAGUACAAAUUCUCAUUAAGCGCUGCUUGAUUAGUGAAGAGUGCCAGACCUUACAAAUGCAUGACUUAAUGCAAUUAAUGGGUACGGAUAUUGUCAAACAAGAAUGCCGUGAUGAUCCCAGAAAACGCAGUAGGUUGUGGCUUUAUGAUGAUGUUCUUGAUGUUCUAUUAGGAAAUGUGGGAACAAAUAGGAUAAAAGCUAUUGUUUUGGAGCUACCAAAGCCAGAAGAGAUGUAUAUCGGUCCUAAUGCUUUCGUAAACAUGAGAAAGUUGAGGUUGCUCAUCCUGCUUAAUGUAGAUAAUUCUUUCCAAGGUCUCAUCCAUCUCCCCAGUGAGUUAAGGUGGUUUGAAUGGCCUAAUUGUGCCUCGAUUCCAGAUUUUAACUAUGGUCCAAAGAAGUUAGUUGGACUUGAUAUGCGGAAAAGCAAGAUCAAAGUAGUGGGGGAACAAUUUAAGGACUUUAAGAAAUUGAAGUUCAUUAACUUUAGUGAAUGCCAGUCUCUUGUUUGUAUGCCAAACCUCGAUUGUACUCCAAAUCUAGAGCAAUUGGAUCUCCAUGGGUGCAAAAACUUAGAGCAUGCCCACACAUCAGUUGCAUGUCACGGCAACUUACAAUUGUUGAAUUUAAGUGGGUGCUCUAAACUUCAUGAUCUCCCUACUAUGCUACAGUCCAAGAAUCUUCGACAUCUCAAUCUUGAAUAUUGCUCAAAAUUGCAUAGGUUCCCUGAUGUUCCGGAUGAAAUCGAGGGCUUGCAAGUACUUAAUUUAAAAGGGACUUCAGUUGAGGAACUUCCUACAUCCAUAGAAAAUCUUGUCUCUUUGGAGGAAAUGGAUUUAAGUUAUUGCAAGAAACUGGCAAUCCUUCCGUCUAGUAUUUACGGGUUGCGAAAUCUUACAAGCCUGAGGCUUGAAGGCUGCUCAAAACUAAUCAAGUUUCCAAAGAAGGAGGAGGACUCGAGUGAUCCCCACGCGAAGACGGGCUUUCCAGAGUUAAAGUUUUUAAACCUUAGCGAAUGCAAUCUAUCGGAAGUAGAUUUUCUGGAAAAUGAUUCCUGUUUUCCCUUUUUAAGAAAUGUGUAUUUGAGGAAAAACAAUUUUACUAGCCUUCCUGCAUGCGGGCAACUAUACAAGUUGGAACAGUUGGAUGUUUCGCAUUGCCACCAACUCCAAGAGAUCCUCGAGAUUCCUCGGCAAUUGAACAAACUAUCGGCAAAUAACUGCGAAUCUCUAAGUAAAAUUCCCUCCGACAUUGAUGCUGACGUUGUUGACUUCUCUUCAUGUCAUGAACUGCUCCGUAAUGGCUUCACCAUGAAUGAUUUGUUCAACCUUGAGAAAUUUCGUCCAAAAAUUGCUUGCGACCUUCUUCUACCUGGAGGAGAGAUGCCAAAGUGGUUGCUCCCUGAAGACGAGGGUUCUAUUUCUUUCACAGCUUCAAAGGACUUGUAUAAGAAGUUCCUGGGAUUAGCUUUUUGUGUUGUAUUCCAAGAAGGAAAAAAGAAUGAAGAAUUCAAGCUUCAAGCAUACGUUAAUGGCCAGAAUACGAUGGAAGGCUCAAGCACUUUCGGUUCAUUGGAUUUGGGUCAUGUGUGGCUUCUAUAUUGCGUACCAGAGGUGCUGUGGAAAGGAGACCCUUUUGGUCCAAAUGACUGGAGUCAUUUCCAGCUUAUCAUUACAGCACCGCCUAGUGUAACUGUCAAAAAGUAUGGAUUCCGGCUAAUAUGCAAGCCACUAGAGAACGAUUUGGAGAUUUUGCUUCAAGAUGAUCAGUUGCUGGAUCCAGCUUUACUCUACGAGGUUUCGCAUGAAGAUAGUCAAAUGAUCAUAGAGGAAGAAAGUUGAAGAGAAACCAAAGAUUUACUAGAUAAAAAAAUUAGCACAGAGGAAAAUAGUUCGAGUAAUUUAGUGCACAAAGGGUCAAACAUGGCUGCUCAAUCUUUCCAACCAGAAUUUGCAGGUAGCGAAAUCUUGUAACCCUGAUGCUUCACGGCUGCUCAAAGCUAAUCAAGUUUCCAUAGAAGGAGGAGGAUUCGAGUGAUCCCUAUACAAAUACAUAUAUCUUGAGAAGAGAUCCUUGAGAUUCCCCAUGGCUUCAAAGGACUUGUGUUACAGGUUCCUAAGAUUAGCUUUUUGUGCUGUACUCCAAGUGAAAGGAGGAAAAGAGAAUAACUUUGCGAUUGAAGUAUCCAUUGAUGGCUACAUUAAUGCUGCACACUCAUGGACUUUCAGUUCGUUGGAUUUGGAUCAUCUGUGGCUUAAUUGUUACGAAACAAGGAAGAUGUGGGGAGUGAACGCUUUUGAUCAAAUGACUGGAGUCAUUUCCAGAUUAGCAUUAGAGCAUUGUGAAAAAGUGUGGAUUCUGACUAACAUGCGAGCCACUAGAGAACGAUUCCGAGGUUUUACUUCAAGGCAAUCAAUUGCCAGAUUCCGAUUUACUUUAAGAGAUUUGGGAUGAAGAUAGUCCAACGAGCUUAGAGGAAGAAAGUUCAAUUGAAAUAGAAAAUCUACCGGAUAGUCAAAUGAGCACAGAGGAAGAUAGUUCAACCAAAUUAAGUCCACAAAGGAUGAAACAUGGCAGACUUCUCAAUUGAGGUCCCUCUCUCUCUCUCUCUUUCUCUCUCUCUGCGUUAGUGUAUGUGUGUACGUGUGUUGAUACCGAGUGUAUGUUGGGCACACUAUGUUUGUAUACUACAAAAGCCGACAAUUCUAGACAAAGAAAAAAAUCUAAUAUGAAGUGAUUCUGCUUGUACUUGCAACAGGCGUGGCUGCAACACUUGCAAGGGAAUGGUUUUUAUGGCAUGAGUAUCAUAUUUGACGUAAGCAAGGAUCAAUAUGUCUAGUUAUUACACAAUGAUAAAUAUGUCUGAUUAUUAUAGAACUCUAGCUUGGUUGAAUCACAAGGAUUAUGCUCAAUCCAAACUCUCUACUUAUACUAAUUACAAACUUGAGUACUUCUAGCAAUUUAC